CCUAUUCACACGCGUACUAGUGCUGUUCUCCGUGCGCUUUUCCUUCCUUUUUCCCAUUUUACCCUAAUGGAAAUGUCUUCUCCGUCCAUCAGCCGCAAGAGGCGUCGCGACGAGGGCGAGGAGGAAUCGCCUCAGAUGUCGUCUCCGGAGGCCAAGCGCCUUCUCCUCGACAUCCUCGACGACGACGACGACGACGCCGACGCCGACGCCGGGGACCAGGACGUCACCUCCGUCAUGAAGAGCCUCGAGGAGGAGAUGGCCCUCCCCUCGCCCCCGCCGCACGUACCCCCGCAGGAUGCGGCGGUGUCGGACCCGCCGGACUUGGGGUACCUCUUCGAGGCCUCCGACGACGAGCUCGGCCUGCCACCGCCGGCUCCGUCCUCGUCCGGUGAUGGCAGCGAAGCGUACGAUGAGGAGGAGGGGAUCGGGUUCGGCCAGAUCUGGGGGUUCGACGACGACGAUCUCAGUGGGUACGUUGGAUUCGAACUUGGGAUCGGGGCGGAGGCGGAGGACGUGGUAGUGUUCGACGGCGAGCUUUUCGAUUACGGCGACGCGACAGCGUGCGCGGCGCCGGAGUACGCGGAUCUCUCGUGGCGGUCAGAGACGCUGCCUGCCGUCUGAUGGAAAUCGGACGCUUCUCCUCUCUCUUACCUUUUCCUUGUUUUUAGAAACGGUAGGUGGUGUUUGUCCGUGAAAGGCGAAAGCCGUGAGAAGCAGUAAAGGGGUCAUCGGUUUUCUAAUUCAACGAUGUAAUCCACAUGACUCGACCUUCUGAUGGGCAUCCAACGGUGUAGAAUUGUGGAGUAAUUCGAAGAAAAACGAUUUACUUGUGAUA